CUCGUGAGGAGGGGAAAUGGGUAUCUUUGGAGGUUUCUUAAUAUUGGCUGAUUUUCUGAUCAAGAGCGUAGCCUCUUUUCUUUUCAUCACGGGACUAUAAACCCAUAAACCCUCCCAUCCUUCAAGCUAGGUGCUGAGCCAAUUAAUUUCUCAUCGGUAGUGGCACUAGUCUCGCACCUGGGCUCUUCGACCCCAGAGUCUGAAAACAACAACCGCUACUGCGAAUACGAUUGCAAUUGCGUUCCAGCUUCAGCCGCUGGGCGGGGGUGUUGAAUGUUGAUGUCGAGUGUGUUAUUCUUUGCUUCUGAACACAAAAAACAGAUAUUUACGCUGUUGAAGGCUGAUAUGCUAUCGGAGUUCUUCUCCGAAACUCAACUGUUAUCCUAUAAGAAAAGUGCCCAGGCUUGGUUUGCUUUGUCGCUGAAAAAUAAGACAAAAAUCUAGAACAAGAUGGACCAACAGCUCCUGAAAGAUAACAAGAAAGACCACCUCAUUAAAGAUCUUAGGGCUGGAGCUAAAAAUUUGAACAUGACUCUAAUUGUGUUAGAAGUGGGACCUCCAACAACAACCAAAGAAAACAGAGAAGUUCGUUCAUGUAAAGUAGCAGAUCCCACUGGCUGUGUCAAUAUAUCAGUGUGGGAUGAGCCUGGGCAGUAUGUUCAGCCUGGUGAUAUUAUCAGACUAACUAAAGGCUAUGCUUCGUUUUGGAGGAACUGUUUGACAUUAUAUUGCAGUAAAGCAGGUGAUAUUCAAAAAAUUGGAGAAUACUGCAUGUUGUUCAGUGAGCAGCCCAAUAUGAGUGAACCAAAUCCAACUCUGGCAGCACAAAUAGCUGCUCAAAACCUAAAUUUGCACAAAAACUCUGGAAUGAAUUCUGGUGCUGGUGUGAAUAAUGGUAACAACAGUAACGGUCCUGCAUUAAACAGAAAUUCAGGAGGAGCUUCAACUUCUACUAUUACACCCACUUCAACUACUCAAAAUUCAUCACAGCCAUCAAAGGCAGGGUCUCGUUUUGGAACCAGUUCUACUUCUAGCCCAAGUGAGUCAAGUGGGAGAAAGUCACCUUCUAAAGGAACACAACGGGGAAGAGGAGGGCAAAGACCACGAGCAGCUAAUGAGAAAAGAUGAGGGUGUGGUACCUACUGUUAAAACUGUUGGAUUUUUCUAUCUUAAUGUGUUUUGUUUGUCUCUUCUAUGUAAGUGAGGCACAUAGAUCCUUUCCCUACUUAACUCAUCGCAUCCCACUAUUAUACUUUCCAUUUUCUAUUUGCUAGAAACUCAGUACGGAUAAUAGAAUACGGACAUACUAUUCUUUUCAUUCCUCCACUGUUACCCCUUAAAAAGUGUACAUCCGGCAUCUCUUUUCUUGUGUUUUGGUUGUGUAUGUUAUCUGACAUCCCUUUUUGGUCUCUGCGUAUUAUAGACAAUGUGAUAAAUAAGGAACUGCCUCUAAUAAUACUAUGUAAAUAUCUAAUAAUAAAAUUUUUAUCAAAGUA